UCUCACGAUCUACCACUACUGUAUGAUGUGCAAUUUCUUCGAUAUUUUUUACAUCAUCUCAGGAUAACUUUGCAACUCAAAGCUCGAAUAUCUUGGGGGAACUUGAAGCCAUCUAUAAUCAACUCGCAUGUCGUCGCGGUCUUUUCCUUUUCUUCACUGCUAAAGUUCAAUCAGACUGAAACUUUCACCCAAAAUCACUACAUGGCGUUUACACCUAUGCAUGGAGCGUAUCGGAGGCUUUCUUCGUCGAAAUAUCAUCGAGGACAUGUCUCCUGAUCGCCUUAACCAUAUCAUUGCCCAGCCCAAAUCUUCACAUCUUGGAUCCCACACGUCUAAUCGCCACCCUUUGUAAGGUAAUACGGCUCGGUCAGACGCCCUUCUGCAAGGACUCUGUAUCCGUUAACCUUGCAACUCCGAAAGGAUUAUUUUAGUUCGUCACUAGUCAAUCUAUCUUCAGACUUAGUUAGGGCGACGUAUUGUAGACAGCGAAAGCGCUCAGACUCGCAUACUUAUAUGUUGCCGUGCCGUCUCCGUCGCAGUUCCUUCAAACGAUCACCGAUCACACUUCUGUAUAUGGUAUGCUAGGUUCCUGUCCUCGCCAUGAAGUGGCUUGAUCGUCUUCCUUCGUUCAGGAUGGAUAGCCGGAGAACCCGAUGCUGGCGUACGGGAUGCGAAGAGAAGUGAAUCGCCAGCCGAGGUGCCCGCUGAGGAUGCCUUCAAUUUUGAGUCGGGCUCAAUCCGAUUCAAUCGCUCAACGUAUAAAGACAUGAAGCCCGUAGUGCAGCGUCUCCAUUGCCUGCAUUCUAAUACCUUCUAAUAUUCUGCUCAUCCCGGAAUGCGUCUCCGCUAUGCUGCUCUCCUUUUCCUCCCCGCGGCCUUUGCUUUCCCCCACUUCAGAGGUGCACGAGACACGGCUGCCGUCCGGGAUGUCCUUGCCACCCUCUCACAGCACCCAGAGCUUAUGGCGCAAAUCACGUCAUUACAGCAAAAGCAACAGGCGGAACUGAAUGCUUGGAAGGCUCAAAGCAAACCCGAUCCUUCGUUCAAUAGCACGGCCAACCAGCCCCAACGCCGGGAUGAGCCUAACAGUGUGGAGGGCUUGAAGAGAUUCCCGGAGGACGAAUUUCCUUUCAUCCCACCUAGCAAGACCGACCAACGAGGCCCAUGUCCUGGCAUGAAUGCUCUUGCCAAUCACGGUUAUCUUCCUCGCAAUGGAAUAGUCAACGUCUUGCAAGUCUUUGAAGCUGUCGAUCGCGUCUUCAAUAUGGCUGUAGACCUGGCAGCUUUCUUGACUAUCCCAGCUCUUGUUUCGAAUGGUGACAUUCAAACCUUGACUUUCUCCAUCGGUGGCGCCGACCCUCGAACAAACAGUUUGGGUGAUCUGGGUGGUAUUCUUGGCACGGAGACUGGUCUCGAUGGACAUGGUAGAAGCAGCGAAGGCGAUGUCAGUGCAACUCGAUGCGAUUUCUACCUCUGUGCUGGUGACAACCACAAUAUGCAACCGGAACUCUUCUCUCAACUUCUCCGUGUUGCUGAAUCCCACUCCUCCCCGGGUGAAACGCUAUUCUCCGUCCCUGUGAUGCAGGAACAUUUCCAUAACCGUUACGCCCACUCUCGCUCGCAUAAUCCCAACUUCUACUUUAUGCCGCCAAGCGGCCUAGUUGUCAUGGGCGCGAACUAUUUCUACCCAGGGUUCUAUACGAAUGGGACGUUCGCCCCUGCCAGCGGAGGUUUGACGGGUGCGAACCUGGCUAGCGUCGCUUCCUUUGUUGGUGCGAAAAUCGGCGACGAUGGCGGUAUUACUUACGUCCCUGAGCGCAUUCCACCGCAAGGCUGGUACCGUCGAGGCUUUCCAUUGAAUUUAGUCGAAACUCUCACUGGGAUCCUCUCAAUCUACCUCGUCCCCGAACCAGUAGAGUUCGGAGGUAAUGCCGGAUCAGUGGACAGCUUCGUACCUGGUUCAGGUCUCCUACCUUCCAACGUUUCCGGUAAAGACGGUUUGGGUUGCUUCUUGUAUAACGCCCUCUACGCCAACCUGGCUGGUGAAUUUGAAAAUGCCGUCUUUGAUAUCGAAGGAGUCAUCAACUCCGUACUCGGAUUUUUCGGACCCGCCACAUCGACUUUCCUCUCUUUACAGUGCACUCCUAACUACCCAGAAGAGACAUCACCAGAUAGAUAUGGAGGAUUUGAAACGUUUUUGAAGGCUACCGAGAAGUUACCUGGUGCGCCGAAAAAGCAGGCGUGUUUGGAUGCGGGUGCGGGACAUUUGGAGUGUAAUUCGCAGACAAAUGUGUAUGGUGGGAGUUCUUGAUGUUUUCAAUGCUGGUAUGUCUGUCGUCGAAAUAUUUCCGUUUGUGGACGUUCGCUGUCACUCCUUAGUUCUCGAUCACAUUCAUUGUUAGCUUUGACCCUGUAUAUCCUUACCGUAGUGAUUCCCUAUACAUAAUAGCUCGGUCGAUGAUUUGUCACCGACUUUAUCCCCGCUUUAGCUAUAUCUGCUGC